AAUAAACAAGCUAAUAUGUCUACAAUAGAAAAGCAAAUAUAAAAGUAAAGAAAACUCAGUAAUGAAUUCGAAUACACAUACAAUUCAUAAGAAACACAUUCAAAUUCAUCUUUCUUUGAUGAAGAGAGAAGUUAAGAUUUUGACAAUGAUAAUUCAUCGAUUGAAGAAUCUUUUUCAGAUACAUGGGAAAUGUCAUCAAUUUGUACAGAGAAUGUAUUUUUUUCUUUUAAAAAAAUAAAGUCUUAAAAUCCGAGAUCCAUAGAAGAAAAUCAAAAAUAUAGACCAAUUCGAUAAUAAGCUAGUCCUAAUAGAACUAUGAAAAGAGAUUAUCCCGUCAAAGAAGGAGGAGAAUUUGUUGAUUCUGAGAGCAAUAGUAAAAAUUGUAAUUCUGGUGAGUGCAUUGCCAUUGACGUGCUUGGACAUAGAUCCAUAGGUAACACAAGCAAAAAAGAUAAGAAAUUAUAAAAAUUGAUUAAUAAAUAAGUUGAAGAGGGUAAUAGUAAUAAUAAUUAUUGGCCAUAAUAAUAAAAUCAGAGUCAUCAAAUUAGCUAGCAUAGUAUCUAAUUAAGAUAAAAUAAUUAAUUCUAAUAAUAAAGAGAAUCAGUUUAAGAAAGUAAAUAAAUUAGUAAAUGUUAAAAAGUAACUCUUGCAUACUUAGUGAUGGAAAGAGAAGUGGAAAAAAAAGCAUAUACUAAAGCUAUUAAUUUUAUUUAGAAUUAUAUGUCUAAUUGUAAGUAAGAUGAAGUUAUUUAAAUGAUUGCAGAAACAUAUAAAGUCAUGCUCAUCCCAGAUUAAUAAUUACAGUAAUUAGCUUCAGUAUUAAAUAAAGAGGAUAGACUAUUUUAAUUGAAUAUAUCCUUGUUGCGUUUAAAUUUACCUCAUAAUCUUCAUCCCUUUGCUGUGAAGGCAGAUUCGAAAUUAAGGAAGUGCCUUUUAGGCUAUUGAGAAACUAUUUAAAAUUUGCAUAGGAAAAUGAGAGUUUUAUUAGCAAUUUAUAUAUAGCUCUCAUGAGCAC